AAGAGAAGAUUCCUGGUGUAUGUUCCUCUGCUCCCUGUAAAUACAGAGAUUAAUGCGCCUUGCCUUCAGCGAAUUCACUGAAUUCGAAGGUCGUCUCCUUUGAUCAAACCUCCGAUUUAGAGGCUUUUCGUUGAUUAAGCUCAAAUUUCUCACAUAUCCAUCUCCAAUCAUUCGAGUACCGGAUUCCUUCCGGGAGGUUAUAGGCGCCUCCAUCAUUGUUUAAUGCGCCUACAAUCUUCCCAUUCCAUUUUCCACAACUUGAUUAUCGUCGUCCUUGAAUCCUCAUAUCGCCGUUGUUAGCCUCGGUUUCUGCUUCUGAGAUGUAGAGAGCCUCAGAUUGAGAUUGAUGCUGAAGAAAAAUAGUUUCUCGUUUCGUUUACCGAUCGACGGGGGAAGAUGAGUGUGGUCAAGUCUCAGGUCUGGCAACCGUGUAAGAAGAAGAGGUCUUAAUCGGAGGAUUUGACAGCGAGGAAAGGAAUUGCGGGGUGAAGGGAGUUGUUAGAAUUGGAGACAGAGAUGGCUUCCAGGUCGAGCAGUCAUACCAAAACGCGGGUGGGGAGAUAUGAGCUGGGGCGAACCCUUGGAGAGGGCAGCUUCGCGAAGGUUAAGUUCGCUCGGAAUUGCGAGACUGGGGAGAACGUCGCCAUUAAAAUCCUCAACAAAGAGGAUAUUCUCAAGCACAAGAUGAUCGGGCAGAUUAAACGUGAAAUAUCAACGAUGAAACUCAUUAGACAUCCAAAUGUCAUUCGAAUGUAUGAGGUGAUGGCUAGCAAAACCAAGAUAUAUAUUGUUUUGGAAUUUGUAACUGGUGGAGAACUAUUCAACAAAAUUGCAUGUAGUGGAAGAUUCAAAGAAGAUGAAGCAAGAAAAUAUUUUCAGCAGCUUAUAAAUGCUGUGGAUUAUUGCCAUAGCAGAGGCGUUUGUCAUCGAGACCUAAAGCCAGAGAAUUUAUUAUUGGAUGCCAGUGGCGUUCUAAAAGUUUCAGAUUUUGGAUUGAGUGCUCUACCUCAACAAGUUCGAGACGAUGGAUUACUUCACACAACAUGUGGAACACCCAAUUAUGUUGCUCCAGAGGUUAUCAACAAUAAAGGCUACUGUGGUGCAAAGGCGGACCUAUGGUCAUGUGGGGUUAUCCUUUUUGUCCUCAUGGCAGGCUAUUUGCCAUUUGAAGAAGCCAGUCUCGUGGCAUUGUAUAAAAAGAUAUUCAAGGCUGACUUCAAAUGUCCUCCAUGGUUCUCCUCUAGUGCCAAGAAAUUAAUCAAGAGAAUCCUCGAUCCGAAUCCGUCAACUAGAAUUACAAUUGCUGAGGUUCUUGAGAAUGAUUGGUUUAAGAAAGGAUACAAGCCACCCACUUUCGAAAACGACGAAAUCGUUCUUGAUGACAUUGACGACAUCUUUAAUGAAUCAGGGGUCACUCAUAACCUUGUAGUAGAGAAGAGAGAAGAAGGGCUCGCAUCCCCUGCAUCACCUGUCACCAUGAAUGCAUUCGAGCUCAUCUCGAAAUCUCAGGGUCUCAACCUUGCCACUCUGUUUGAGAAGCAAAUGGGGCUAUCUAAACGUGAAAAAAGUUUCACAUCCCAUUGUCCAGCAGAUGAAAUCAUUUCCAAGAUAAAAAAGACAGCAGUUCCUAUGGGUUUUGAUGUGAAGAUCAAUAACUUCAAGAUGAAGCUCCAAGGGGAAAAAACUGGACGCAAAGGUCAUUUAUCAGUUGCAACAGAGAUUUUUCAGGUCGCUCCAUCGUUACAUAUGGUAGAGCUCCGCAAAGCUGGAGGGGAUACUUUAGAAUUUCACAAGUUCUAUAAUAACCUCUCAACUGGACUGAAAGAUGUUGUAUGGCAAACCGGAGACGAGACGGAGCAGGAAAGUAAUGGUGUAGCAAAGGCUUGAAAGAUCUAUUUGAUUACCUCUCUGUCUGGAGUGGUUGUGCAAAUAUUGUCACCCUCCACCCCCAACAAAACAAGGAAUGGUUUUUUUUUUUUUUUUUUUUU